AUGGCCAAGGGUGACGCUCGUAAGCCAAAGGGCAAGAUGUCUGCCUAUGCCUACUUUGUUCAAACCUGCCGAGAAGAACACAAAAAGAAGAAUCCAGAGAUCCCAGUGAACUUUUCAGAGUUUUCCAAGAAGUGCUCUGGAAGAUGGAAGGUAAGAGGACAUAGGCCUAUGUGACGCACACAAAAUGUAUGGUCACAGUUUUGUGUUAAUUUUACGUUUUAUUUUAUUAAUAUUAUGUUUAUGAAUAUACUGUAUGUCCUCCAGACAUUACAUUGGAGGUAUUUAUACCAAGUGUCACCACAAGGGGGAGACUGACAUUUGGCAGCUCUGAUUGGUGAUGUACACUACAAUACCAAAAGUAUGUGGACACCUGCUCGUAGAACAUGUCAUUCCAAAAUCAUGGGCAUUAAUAUGGAGUUGGUCCCCCCUUCGCUGCUAUAACAGCCUCCACUCUACUGGGAAGGCUGUCCACUAGAUAUUGGCACAUAAUGCGGGGACUUGCUUCCAUUCAUCCACAAGCAUUAGUGAGGUUGGGCACUGAUGUUGGGCGAUUAGGCCUGACUCAUAGUCGGCGUUCCAAAUCAUCCCAAAGGUGUUCGAUGGGGUUAAGAUCAGGGCUCUGUGCAGGCCAGUCAAGUUCUUCCACACCUAUCUAGACAAACCAUUUCUGUAUGGACCUCGCUUUGUGCACGGGGGCAUUGUCAUGCUGAAACAGGAAAGGGCCUUCCCCAAACUGUUGCCACAAAGUUGGAAGCACAGAAUAGUCUAGAAUGUUAUUGUAUGCUGUAGUGUUAAGAUUUCCCUUCACUGGAACUAAGGGGCCUAGCCCGAACCAUGAAAAACAGCCCCAUAACAUUAAUUCCUCCUCCACCAAACUUUACAGUUGGCACUGCAUUGGGACAGGUAGCGUUCUCCCAGCAUCUGCCAAACCCAGAUUCGCCAUCGGACUGCCAGAUGGUGAAGUGUGCUUCAUCACUCCAGAGAAUGCGUUUCCACUGCUGCAUAGUCCAAUGGCGGCGAGCUUUACACCACUCCAGCCGAAGCUUGGCAUUGCGCAUGGUGAUUUUAGGCUUGUGAGCGGCUGCUGGGCCAUGGAAACCCAUUUCAUGAAGCUCCCGUUCUUGUGCUAACGUUGCUUCCAGAGGCAGUUUGGAACUCGGUAGUGAGUGUUGCAACCGAGGACAGACUAUUUUUACGUGCUUCAGCACUGUGGUCCCAUUAUGUGAGCUUGUGUGGCCUAUCACUUCGCGGCUGAGCUGUUGUUGCUUCUAGAUGUUUCCACUUCACAAUAACAGCACUUACAGUUGACCGGGGCAGCUUUAGCAGGGCAGAAAUCUGACGAACUGACAUGUUGGAAAAGUGGCAUCCUAUGAUGGUGCCACAUUGAAAGUCACUGAGCUCAUCAGUAAGGCCAUUCUACUGCCAAUGUUUGUCUAUGGAGAUUGUAUGGCUGUGUGCUCGAUUUUAUACACCUGUCAGCAACGGUUGUGGCUGAAAUAGCUGAAUCCACUCAUUUGAAGGGGUGUCCACAUACUUUUAUGUAUAUACAGUGCAUUCGGAAAGUAUUCAGACCCCUUUACUUUUCCCACAUUUUGUUACGUUACAGCCUUAUUCUAAAAUUGAUUAAAUUGUUUUUUUCCCUCAUCAAACCACACACAAUAGCCCAUAAUGACAAAGCAAAAACUGGUUGUUAGAAAUUUUGCUAAUUUAUAAAAAAUCAAACUGAAAUAUCACAUUUACAUAAGUAUUCAGACCCUUUACUCAGUACUUUGUUGAAGCAUCUUUGGCAGCGAUUUAAACCUUAAACUCUUCUUGCGUAUGACCCUACAAGCUUGGCACACCUGCAUUUGGGGAGUUUCUCCCAUUCAUCUCUGCAGAUCCUCUCAAGCUCUGUCAGGUUGGAUAGGGAGCGUUGCUGCACAGGUAUUUUCAGGUCUCUCAGAGAUGUUCGAUCGGGUUCAAGUCCGGGCUCUGGCUGGGCCACUCUAGGACAUUCAGAGACUUGUCCCGAAGCCACUCCUGCAUUGUCUUGGCUCUGUGCUUAGGGUCGUUGUCCUGUUGGAAGGUGAACCUUUGCCCCAGUCUGAGGUCCUGAGCGCUCUGGAGCAGGUUUUCAUCAAGGAUCUCUCAGUACUUUGCUCCGUUCAUCAUUCCCUCAAUCCUGACUAGUCUCCCAGUCCCUGCCACUGAAAAACAUCCCCACAGCAUGAUGCUGCCACCACCAUGCUUCACCGUAGGGAUGGUGCCAGGAUUCCUCCAGACGUGACGCUUGGUAUUCAGGCCAGUUCAAUCUUGGUUUCAUCAGACCAGACAAUCUUGUUUCUCAUGGUCUGAGAGUCUUUAGGUGCCUUUUGGUAACUCCAAGCGUGCUGUCAUGUGCCUUUUACUGAGGAGUUGCUUCCUUCUUGCCACUACCAUAAAGGCCUGAUUGGUGGAGUGCUGCAAAGAUGGUUGUCCUUCUGGAAGGUUCUCUCAUCUCCACAGAGGAACUCUGGAGCUCUGUCAGUGACCAUCUGGAUCUUGGUUACCUUCCUGACCAAGGCCCUUCUCCCCCGUUUGCUCAGUUUGGCCGGGCGGCCAGCUCUAAGAAGAGUCUUGGUGGUUUCAAACUUCUUCCAUUUAAGAAUGAUGGAGGCCACUGUGUUCUUGGGAACCUUCAAUGCUGCAGAAAUGUUUUGGUACCCUUCCCCAGAUCGGUGCCUUGACACAAUCCUGUCUCAGCGCUCUACGGACAAUUGCUUCGACCUCAUGGCUUGGUUUUUGCUCUGACAUGCACUGUCAACUGUGGGACCUUUAUAUAGACCGGUGUUUGCCUUUCCAAAUCAUAGAAUUUACCACAGGUGGACUCCAAGUUGUAGAAACAUCUCAAGGAUGAUCAAUGGAAACAGGAUGCACCUGAGCUCAAUUUCAAGUCUCAUAGCAAAUGGUCUGAAUACUUAUGUAAAUAACGUAUGUUUUUUUAUAUUUAAUACAUUUUGCAAACAUCUCUAAAAAUCUGUUUUCACUUUGUCAUUAUGGGGUAUUGUGUGUAGAUUGCUAAUUUUAAAAAAAUCUAUUUGAUAAUAAGGCUGUAACGUAGGGGUCUAUGUAUUUUCCGAAGGCACUGUGUAGUGUACUUUGACUUUGGCGCUGCUUCCUCAUUCUGAGCAGAGCUGUCAACGAACCAGACACCUUAUUUCCAGUCGGAUCAUUUCUCCUGUUUUACAGGUCGGUAUUAUGUAUAAACUUAAGCAAUUUAUCGUUACUUGUAAGUAAAAUAUACUAACGGUCAGUGAGCAUUUCUCCUUUGCCAAGAUAAUCCAUCCACCUGACAGGUGUGGCAUAUCAAGAAGCUGAUUAAACAGCAUGAUCGUUACAGGUGCACCUUGUGCUGGGGACACUAAAAGGCCACUCUAAAAUGUGCAGUUUUGUCACAACACAAUGCCACAGAUGUUUUGAGGGAGCGUGCAAUUGGCAUGCUGACUGCAGGAAUGUCCACCAGAGCUGUUGCCAGAAAAUGUAAUAUUAAUUUCUCUACCAUAAGCUUCCUCCAACGUUGUUUUAGAGAAUUUGGCAGUACGUCCAACCGGCCUCACAACCGCAGACGACGUGUAACCACGCCAGCCCAGGACCUCCACAUACGGCUUCUUCACCUGCAGGAUCGUCUGAGACCAGCCACCCGAACAGCUGAUGAAACUGAGGAGUAUUUCUGUCUAAUAAACCCCUUUUGUGGGGAAAAACUCAUUCUGAUUGACUGGGCCUGGCUCCCAAGUGGGUUGGCCUAUGCCCUCCCAGGCCCACCCAUGUCUGCGCCCCUGCCCAGUCAUGUGAAAUCCAUAGAUUAGGGCCUAAUUAAUACUUUCCGAAUGCACUGUAUAUACACAAAUUAGUGGAUUCAGCUAUUUCAGCCACAGCCGUUGCUGACAGGUGUAUAAAAUUGAGCACACAGCCAUGCAAUCUCCAUAGACAAACACUGGCAGUAGAAUGGCCUUACUGAAGAGCUCAGUGACUUUCAACGUGGCACAGUCAUAGGAUGCCACCUUUCUAACAGGUCAGUUCUUCAAAUAUCUGCCCUGCUAGAGCUGCCCCGGUCAACUGUAAGUGCUGUUAUUGUGAAGUGGAAAUGUCUAGGCGCAACACCACUCAGCAACUAAGUGGUAGGCCACACAAGCUCACAUAACCGGACCACCGAAUGCUGAAGCGUGUAAAAAUCGUCUGUCCUCGGUUGCAACACUCACUACCGAGUUCCAAACUCUGGAAGCAACGUCAGCACGAACUGUUUGUCGGGUGCUUCAUGAAAUUGGUUUCCAUGGCCAGCAGCCGCACACAAGCCUAAGAUCACCAUGUGCAAUGCCAAGUGUUGGCUGGAGUGGUGUAAAGCUUACCGCCAUUGGACUCUGCAGCAGUGGAAAAGCGUUCUCUGGAGUGAUGAAUCACGCUUCACCAUCUGGCAGUCUGAUGGACAAAUCCGGGUUUGGCGGAUGCCAGGAGAACGCUACCUGCUCGAAUGCAGUGCCAACUGUAAAGUUUGGUGGAGGAGGAAUAAUGGUAUGGGGCCGUUUUUCAUGGUUCGGGCUAGGCCCCUUAGUUCCAGUGAAGGGAAAUCUUAACGCUACAGCAUACAAUGACAUUCUAGACUAUUCUGUGCUUCCAACUUGUGGCAACAGUUUGGGGAAGGCCCUUUCCUGUUUCAGCAUGACAAUGCUCCCGUGCACAAAGUGAGGUCCAUACAGAAAUGGUUUGUCGAGAUCGGUGUGGAAGAACUUGACUAGCCUGCACAGAGCCCUGAUCUCAACCCCAUCGAUCACCUUUGGGAUGAAUUGGAACGCUGACUGCAAGCCAGGCCUAAUCUCCCAUAAUCAGUGCCCGACCUCACUAAUGCUCGUGGCUGAAUGGAAGAAAGUCCCCGCAGCAAUGUUCCAACGUCUAGUGGAAAGCCUUCCCAGAAGAGUGGAGGCUGUUAUAGCAGUGAAGGGCGGACCAACUCCAUAUUAAUGCCCAUGAUUUUGGAAUUAGAUGUUCGACGAGCAGGUGUCCACAUACUUUUUGCCAUGUAGUGUAUAUGUGAGUGGUUCUUUUUGUGUGAAAUUAUAAUUUUUGAUACCAAAAGGAAAAUGCAAAAUAGAUUUUUUAGAUGUUCAAUCAAUUCUGAGCGAUGCUGUCCAUGAACCAGACACCUUAUUUCCAGUCUCAUAUUUUCUCAUUUUACAGGAUACUAUUAUCUGUUGACGUGGUCCUAAGCCGGGAUCUGUUACACCUAUAUGAGUUGCAUCACCAGCACUACAAAUAAUUUAUUCGAAUGAAUCAUGGAUGUGUGUUUUGGCAGUGGAUGAGAUGACAAUGUAUUUUCUUGAAUAAGCUGGCACGUAGUUUCCUACUUUGAUUUUAGGAGCAGCAUGGAGAGUUGAAUAAGCCGUUCAGAUUUUGUCAUGAUAGGCCAUUUCAUUGAAAAUAAAUAAUUAUCUAUCCCUACACCAACUUAACAUUUUAUUUGGCACUCUGUUUGUUUUGCAGACAAUGUCUCCAAAGGAGAAGUCAAAGUUUGUGGACCAGGCCAAGCAGGACAAAACUCGCUAUGAUUCGGAAAUGAUGAGCUAUGGUCCUUCUGGAAAGAGGGGCAAGAAGGCAAAGAAGGAUCCUAAUGCUCCAAAGAGACCUCCGUAUGUCUAUUGCUAAAAUACUGUAAUCAUCUAUGAAGGAUCCUAAUGCUCCAAAGAGACCUCCGUAUGUCUAUUCCUAAAAUACAGUAAUCAUCUAUGCGCAACUCAAUAUUAGGAAGGUGUUCUCAGUGUAUAUUGGUUUAUGCUGAUUUGUUAGACAAUUCCAGAGUCUGACCUAUGUUUUUGGGGGCUCUAAGCGCAAUAUUUGGUUUGGGGGCCCCCCACCUUACGGGUAAAACAUUUUAGUGUUCCCCCUCUUGACAGCAGAGAGGAAUUUAAGUUUUAAAGUAUAGUUCCUGCAAUUCUAUACAUUUACCAUGGAGUGGAGAGAAUCUGGCAGUUUUUAAAACUACACUGAACAAAAAUAUAAAUGCAACAUGUAAAGUGCUGGUCCCAUGUUUCAUGAGCUGAAAUAAAAGAUUCCAGAAAUGUUCCAUACAUACAAAGAUUAUUUCUCUCCAAUUUUGUGCACAAAUUUCUUUACAUCCCUGUUAGUGAGCAUUUCAUCGUUUGUAAAAUAAUCCAUCCACCUGACCGGUGUGGCAUAUCAAGAAGCUGAUUAAACCGUGUGAUCAUUACACAGGUGCACCUUGUGCUGGGGACAAUAAAAGGCCACUCUAAAAUGUGCAGUUUUGCCACACAACACAAUGCCACAGAUGUCUCAACUUUUGAGGGAGCGUGCAAUUUGCAUGCUGACUGCAGGAAUGUCCACCAGAGCUGUUGCCAGAGAAUGUAAUAUUAAUUUCUCUACCAUAAGCAUUGUUUUAGAGAAUUUGGCAGUACAUACAACCGGCCUCACAACCGCAGAACACGUGUAACCACGUGGAGGAGUAUUUAUUUCUGUAGUAAAGCCCUUUUGUGGGGAAAAACUCAUUCUGAUUGGCUGGACCUGGCUCCCAAGUGGGUAUGCCUAUGCCCUCCCAUGUUGCAUUUUUUUCCCCCCAGUAUAUUUUCAUGCAUUUCUUCAAAUUUUACCAUGGGGCAGAGAGAAAUGUGCAGUUUGCCAUGUUCAUAUGAUAUGAGUGAGUGACUAACAAAAUCAAUGGGGGGCCCCUGGACAAUUCAAAACAAUAUAUGAUUAAUUUUUGAAGUCCUUCAACAAUCAGUAACGACAGCAUUCCUUCUUUUAUACAGAUCAGGGUUCUUUGUUUUCUGUGCUGAGCAGCGCCCCAAUAUUAAAGCCCAGCACCCAACCUUUGGCAUUGGGGAUGUGGCAAAGAAGCUUGGAGAGAUGUGGAACAAUUUGACAGACUCCAAUAAGCAGCCAUAUCUUGCCAAAGCCAACAAACUCAAGGAAAAAUACAAUAAGGUAACGGCAUUGGGGACUCUGUAUUUGUCUCAAAGGAAAUGUAAUUGAAUGGGAUUUUUACCCCUGUAAGUGGUCUGACUGUGGUGUCAGACCCUAUAUGCAAGGAAUCACUGGCUAAAUAUUGCAAAACCUGUGAUUUUUCCAAGGGGUUGAAAAUGUGACUUGUUUUUAUUCAAGACACCUUUGCUUACUGUUUCUAGGAUGUGGCAGAUUACAAAGGAGGAAAGGGAAAACUGGGCGGGGCAGGAGCCUCUAAAUCGAAGAAGGCUGAAGAUGACGAUGACGAGGAAGAUGAUGAUGAAGAUGAUGAGGAUGAGGAGGAUGACUAA